GCAUGCGCAAAGGUCCACGUUCAGCCUUGCUUUGCUAACUAGAAAGCUAAGAAAGCCGAGACGUUUCAAAUGACAUUGCUUAUUUUCAGUAAAAUUUUGUUGAAGUAAAAUUUGCGCCAUGAGGAGUCCAGCUAUGCGGAUGUUCCGCAGUCUGGAGGGCCUGUUCUGUGUCUAUAAACCCGCAGGGGUUCACUGGAAGCUGGUGAGAGACACUAUUGAGACCAACCUUCUGAAAGGUCUGAACGCUACACCUGCUCUGCCUCUUCCUCAUGAGGUUCGAUUCUUAUCAAACGAUGAAGCCGGAGCAUCCAGCGGCCUGACACUGCGGGCUGCUUCAGUCCCCAUCCUGUCCCAGCAUCCUCUGGUGACGGGUCCUGAAUUCCAGCUUAUCAAGGUUGGAGUUGGUCACCGCCUGGAUGUCUCAUCCUCUGGUGUUCUUGUUCUUUCUGUUGGGAAGGGAAACAGAAUCCUGAACGAUCUCUACAGAACACGAACUACACGGGAUUACACUCUGGACUGUGAAUUUGGAACAGCAACACAGGAUUUCACUCACGCAGGUCGAGUUGUGGAGAGAACCACUUACGGUCACAUCACACGGGACAAGAUGGAGAAGGUGAUAGCCAUGCUGGAGGGAGCCAAUCAGAAAGCCCUGAGAAUGUAUUCCAAUGUAGACAUGAGCUCACAGGAAGCGUAUGAGUUGGCCGUCAAAGGUUUACUGGGUCCUGACGGGAAAUCGGUUCCUAUUUUGACAAGCUUACGAUGCAUUCGUUUCCAGCCACCAAAUUUCACCCUAGAGGUGCAGUGCUUAAAUGAAACUCAGAAGUAUUUGUGCAAAGUCGUGCAUGAGAUCGGACUGGAGCUGCGCAGCUCGGCAGUUUGUAAGGGAGUGAGGCGAACCAGAGAUGGGCAGUUCACCCUACAGGAUGCUCUCACUCGUCACCAAUGGACUGCUGCUGAUGUCAUGCGCGCUAUUCAGCAAUACCGCUCAAAAAAGAAAAGCAAGAAAAUCUUCAGGACACGAACAGAUGAAGUAAUAUUGCAAACAUCUGAGGAAAAACUCACAGGCCCUGAGGAAAAUAGAGACAAUAAGGAAGCAACUGAGGCGCAAAGUAGCUGAUAAGAAGAACUGUCUGGAUGAUUGAAGAAAGAAGAAAACAUACCCUUCAUAAAGAAAUGUUAAAAAUAAAGAUGUUGGUAACGAUGUCAAAGUCAUAAAAGAA